AUGGAGAAACCACUGAUUCUCAUGGGCGCGACGCCAAUCUACGGGCAUACCAUGCCUUUGCGGGCUAUUGCACGAGGACUCAUCGAGCGUGGUUUUGAAAUUACAUUCGUUACCGGUUCACAUUUCCGAGAACCUAUCGAGGCAAUCGGCGCACGUUUUCAUCCUUAUUCCGGCUAUUCGGAUAUUUCAGAAGCUACAGUCAAUACGCGUUUCCCGGGUCGGGUUGCCCUCGCUGGGGAAGAGCUAGCAGCUUAUGAUAUUGAGCAUAUUUUUGUACGGGCUAUGCCUAGUCAAUACCAGAGCAUUCAGCUUGCAUUAAAAGACUUGAAGGAAAGAGAGCCAGAAAGGAAGGUCGUCCUGAUGGUUGAGAAUGGCUGUCUCGGAAUCAUUCCUAGUAUAUUGGGAGCGCCAGGUAUCAAGCCAGAUGCCCAUAUCACAAUCAGCGUGCUUCCUCUCCAACUGUCAAGCAUCGACACUGCUCCUUUCGGCACCUGCAUCCCGCCAGAUUCGUCACCCUCAGGUCGCGAAAGAAACGCUAUUAUCAACCAGAAGAACCGUAAUGACUCCCAGGAGCUUCACACGAUUUUCCUCUCUCUCUUAGCUUCGACGGGAGCAAAGACGACAGAUCAUUUACACACUGAUGCAGCCGUCGUCUUGCCAGAUCGCUACAUCCAGAUGUGCAUCCCGGAGAUCGAAUACCCCCGUUCUGACCUCCCAUCUACCGUCCGUUUCGCUGGUGGCCUACCCCAUGGUUCCCGCGACCCCGCACAGUCAUUCCCAGACUUCUGGCACGAGCUCAUCGCGAACGAAGCAGCGAAGGAAAGCGGAAAUGGCAAGGGAAAGAAAGUAGUAGCCGUUUCGCAAGGCACGUUCUCCAACUCGCCUACCCAGCUUCUCCUUCCAACCAUCAAUGCUCUGGCGAAGCAUGACGAUGUUCUUGUUGUCGCUGCCCUGGGCGCUCGCAAUGCCACCCUUUCUCCUUCUAUCUCUGUUCUUGGGAAUGUAAGGGUUGCGGAUUUUAUCCCCUUCGAUGAGCUGCUUCCUUGCUGUGAUGUCUUCGUCACGAAUGGAGGCUAUGGAGCGAUACAGCAUGCUAUCACGAAUGGAGUACCGAUGGUUGUCGCUGGGAACACGGAGGAAAAGCCGGAGAAUGCUUGUCGCGUUGCUUGGGCCGGAAUUGGGAUAAAUUUGAAGACUGGAACGCCGAGUGAGGAGGCUCUGGAAGAUGCUGUGGUGAAGAUUUUGGGUGAUGGGAGUUUCAAGCAUAACAUUGAGGCGAUGAAGAGGAAGAUGGAGGAAUAUGAUGCGCUAGGCACUAUUGCAGAAGCUGUUUUGGAGUUGGGUGGGGGAAAAUAA